CACUCAUGUGCCCUUCCUUCAAUGUGUCUUGAGGACACAGAUGGAGGUGGGGUGAGUGGCUGCUGUGGAUGGGGACCCAAGCUCAAGGAGGGCGUGACCUCCUGCCGUGGGACACUCAGGGUCCUGGCCACACAGCAGGAAGUAAGCUGAGAUCAUGGACUGUGGCUGCCUGCUUCCCUGUUGCUGGGAUACCUUUGUCCCUGUCAACAAUGGCCCCAGGGCCUUGGUGACUAGAGCCUCUGGGAAGGCAGGGCCAGACAUGGAGAACGUGAGGCGGGAGGCUUCUCGGCCCUCCGUUCCCUCGGGCACCCUUGAACUCUACUUCCCAGACCAUCUAUACCGCAAUGACUACCUGUCCCUGGAGGGGCCCCGCUGGGCGCCGGCCAUCAAGCAAGCCACGCGCUGGAAGUUCACGCCCAUGGGACGGGACGCGGCCGGCCAGGUGUGGUACACCGGCCUGACCAACUCGAACCCGUGCGACGCCUGGUACACGAUGCCCCGGGCGCUCGACAGUCCGUACCGCGAGGCCCACUCACGCUGGCUCGGCUGCUUCCAGAGUCGGCAGCGCGGCCUGCCGCCCGCCUACACUCAGCACCUGCGGGAGACGGCCUUCUGGGACCCUGCGAUCCCCGCGCAGUACCUCAACCCGGGAACGCGCUGGGGGUGCCUGCAGUGGCGGGACAGGCAAAUCCGCGGCAAGGAGUUCGUGGCCACCAGGAACCAGUUCGGGGCACAGCUGCCCUGGCGGUCGGACUAUGUGCCGCACCUGUCGCCGCCACAGCGGCCACGAUUCACGGCGCAGGACUUCCGACAGCGGGGCCUCGAGCGCCCCUGCCCGGCCACCGGCCAGCCGCCCCCGGCCUUCACACCCGCGCUCUGAUAAAGCCGUGCUUCCGACCCUCGUGUCUGUGUCCCCAUGAGCCGGGCAAUGUCUCCCACGCGCAGCCCGGGCAUGCGUCCCCGGCAGCCUCUCCGCGGGCGGGUGCAUCCGAGUCGACAGUGGGACGGGGCACCCACGGGCCCCUAGGGCUCAGCAAGCGUGGCCGGCACCC